AUGAUCCCAGCUUUUCCAGCUAACAAUCAGUGGGCCUGGUUUCAAAGAUUCACACAAGAAGAAGUUUCACGUAGAUGCUGGUUGUGCUUCUAUUUGUUCGAUGCUGUGACAUUAGCAUUGUUACUUGGUGGCGUUUUCAUCACUUUGUUCUCUGGUCAUCCACCUUUCGCCCUUGUAAUGACAAUGAUUGUUACCAGCAUUGUGUUUUUCAUCCUCAUUGGAUUGAUGUACUUGUGUGAAGCAAACAAAGUAUCAGCUUUCAUACAAGAAAAAUUCUCAAGGAGAAGAAUAGCUCAGGAUCCUUAUAAGGCUUUAGAAAUGGAAAAAAUCAAUGGUUGCCACCUGACUGUAAUAUCAUCUUAA